CCAUGAUGCAAAAGAACUCAAUAAAUAUAUGGGGAUCAGUUUCAUUCACGGAUGUGACUGUGGACUUCACCCAGGAGGAAUGGGAGCAACUGGACCCCUCUCAGAGGAUCCUAUACAUGGAUGUGAUGCUGGAGAAUUAUAGCAACUUACUUUCAGUGGAAGUGUGGAAGGCUGAUGAUCAGAUGGAGAGGGAUCACAGAAACCCAGAUGAGCAGGAGAGGCAAUGUAUGAUCCUUAAGAACCAAACCUCAAUUAACGAAAGAGGUAAUGUCUUUGGAAAAACAUUUACUAUGAACACAGACUUUGUUUCUUUAAGACAAAUAUCCUACAAAUAUGACUUAUAUGAAAAAACUUUGAAAUAUAAUUCAGACUUACUUAAUAGUAAUAGAGGCUAUGCAAGAAAGAAAGCUGAUGAAUUCAAUGGAUUUGGAAAAGCACUUCUAUACUUGAAGCAAGAGAAAACCCAUCCUGGAGUAGAAUAUUCUGAAUAUAAUAAAAGUGGAAAAGCCCUUAGUCAUAAAGAAGCCAUUUUUAAACAUCAGAAAAUUAAAAAUUUGGUUCAACCUUUCAUUUGUAAUUACUGUGACAAGGCCUUCUCCUUUAAGUCACUCCUCAUUAGUCAUAAGAGAAUACAUACUGGAGAAAAACCCUAUGAAUGUAAUGUAUGUAAGAAAACCUUCUCCCAUAAGGCAAACCUCAUCAAACAUCAGAGAAUUCAUACUGGGGAGAAACCCUUUGAAUGUCCUGAAUGUGGAAAAGCUUUCACCCACCAGUCAAACCUCAUUGUACACCAGAGAGCACAUAUGGAAAAGAAGCCCUAUGAAUGCAGUGAAUGUGGAAAGACAUUUGCCCAGAAGUUUGAGCUCACUACGCACCAGAGAAUUCAUACAGGAGAGCGACCUUAUGAGUGUAAUGAAUGUGCGAAAACCUUCUUCAAGAAAUCAAACCUUAUUAUACAUCAGAAAAUUCACACAGGGGAGAAACGCUAUGAGUGCACUGAAUGUGGAAAAUCCUUUAUCCAGAACUCACAACUCAUCAUACAUAUGAGAACUCAUACAGGAGAGAAACCCUAUGAAUGUACCGAAUGUGGCAAAACUUUCAGCCAGAGGUCAACUCUGAGAUUACAUUUGCGGAUUCAUACAGGAGAAAAACCAUAUGAGUGUUCGGAAUGUGGGAAGGCCUUCAGCAGGAAGUCCCGGCUCAGUGUCCAUCAGAGAGUUCAUAUAGGGGAUAAACCCUGAGACUGUAAUCAGGUUGUACUGUGGAAAACCCUCCCAUCAGAACCCAUCUAAUGGGAGAGAAACCUCAUGAAGGUGCUGAAGGAACAUGGGAAUUCAUACUGAGAAACAAUCUCUCAACUCAAAAAUGUAUUUAAAAAAAAGUAGGAUCUCGUAAGAACAAUAUUAUACUGGAAGUUAAAUAUAAUACCCAGCUAAAAAAUACAUAUCAGAAUAUAUCCAAUUGUAAAUAGAUAUACUAGUUGUAUUACAAUGAGCUUUUUAAAAUCUUGAAUGAAUUGAAUAUUCUGGGCAGCAACAUAAAGGAUAUACAGACAGUACCCUAGGAAUUUUUAGUGGUUAUAUGUUGGCCACCAAACACAAAUUAUGUUUUAGAUCUGCACAUAUGAAUUUAGCAUAAUCACUGGGACUGUGAAAUUCUUCUCUUCUUUGAUAAUUAGGACAUAUCAAACAGUUUUUCCUUACUAAACAACAUGUGUGUUUUUCAGUACCUUUACAACCCAGUAUGCAUUCCAAAUGAAAUAUGUAACAGAUUUUAAGGUUACUUGUAACCUGUGUCUUCUACUGUUUGUUGGCUUAUGUAAGUUGGUAGGACCAUUGUUAUUGAGCAGCCUCUUCACUAAACGAAGACAAUGUUGUUGAAGUUCUACCUGCUUCUGGGUUUGCUGAAUAUUUUUUAGAAAUAUUAUUUACAUAAAUAUGCAAGUGAGAUAAACAAGGAAAUCAAGAAAGUGAAAGGCAGAUUUGGGUUGUAUUAAUUAGUAUGCACCACAGAAUAAAACCGUGCUGUGUACAGAGACCAUCAUGCUCUUGUUAUUUUUCAGUAGGGUAUUUGCAUACAAAUGCAUGUCUAGUACCAAAAUAUUGUGUAACCCAGACACCUCCUAUAUUUUUAAUUGUGUGUUUCGCUAUUUUAAUAUUUUAUAAAAUGUGUCACAAAAAAAAGUGGUAGGACACUUACGUAGUUCACAAAUGUUAGUUACAUUUCAGAGACUGUAGAGGAAAAACAAUUUAUUUUAAUAAACUGUUAGGAACUGUUUCAUUGCUUUUUCCAUGUGCAUAAUCCACUUUAGACAUGAAUUUCUGCAGUAUUCUCUUGUUUAAAGGAGGCAUUUCUACUUCCUUGAGUUUCACUGUUGUCAACCUAAAGCAUUUCCCUUUGGGACCUGACUUAUUAUAAAUUAUUAUCUUUUCUUUCAGAUAUUCACAAAUACUUUGAAAAGUUAGACUUUUCAGUAGUCUCUCCAUAUAUUGUUUGAUGAUUAACAUAAAAAGAACCUCUUUUGCAUAACUCAAAGAUAUGCCAUUGUAGACUUUAUUUUGAAAUCACAAGUUCACCUUUCCCUGUUAAUCAGAAGUCAUGCAUUAGAAUUAUGGUGGUGCUGGCCAGUUUGCUCAGUUGGUUAGAGCAUGGUGGUGUUAAUAACACCAAGUUCCAGGGUUCAAUCCCUGUAC